UGUGAUGGUUCAGUGUUUGAUGUGUUGUUGGAAGUGAUUUUUUGAUACAGUUUGCUUGUUACGCGACAACCAAAAUCAAAACGAAAUUCAUGUUACGUCAGGAGCGGUGCGGUGAGGUGGACUGUGAGCAUCAGAUUUUGAGAAAGGCUCCCCUGUUAGUCUGGUUGGGAAUUUGUGCCAAUUACUUCAUCGUUGAUCGUAGGUAAAAAGUAUUAUCUUGCAGUUGGUGGAGUGAUUCGUGUGUGCGACACUGUGGGAACAUGUGCAAGUGAGUGACACCACAUCCUCCAUUCAGCCCUGUGGGAAACAGAUAUGAUAUCCCCAAGUGAUGUGACGCUUAUGGUGCCAACGUUAAUCCAAUUGAAUCCAAUUUAAUCUGCCGUUACUACCAGUUGGAAGUGGCAAAGUGAAGGAAGAAAUGGAAAAAUAAAAAUAAAGGCAAUAUGAAUUCAAAAGUGAAUUUAAAAAAAAAAAGGUUUGAUGUGUUGGAAAACCUCUGGUAGCGGGUACCGUGUAUGAGUGGGUGUUGUGUGGGUGUUAUGUCGAGAGAAGUGUCUGGCACUUCCAGAAGGCGUCGGGUCGGUGGCAGUGCUGCUACCUUCCUUAAUCUGCGACAUGAAUGAGUGCUUCUCGCUGGGAAUCGUUCAUGUUUCGGUGGUAUACCAGAACGUCUGUUACGGUAAUUGACAAUCUGCGUUGCGGUCAGUGGACCGGAACCACUUGCGACCUACGACCUGAGGCAGAACGACACGCACAUUUCCAUCCGAGUGACGUGGUGGAAGUAUUCAAAGGAUCGACAGGGCGCACAAGAAAGAUUAUAAUAACCUAUAAGAAAGGAUAACAUCAGAAAUGGCUCAACAGUUGAACCGACAUUUAAUGAACGUUUUUCUCAUUUUCAUCGUGUAUCUGAAUCAAGGGCUCAGCAAAUCGUUCCAGAGCUUGUCUGAGGAACAGUUCCUUUUGGAGCUGAGUGAGGAUCGAGCAACGAUGGAUGAUCGAAGGCCAACCCGGCGACCAUCGUCACAACACCGGAGUCGGCCACCGUACCUCGGUAUCUACGGUAGUUCCGGCAAAAUCAGCCAACAGUUUCAUCCCAGCGCAGCGGAGAUGAGCGAGAACGAAAGUUACGACUCGGACGAGAGUAAUCGGUUAAGGACACCGCUUGACCGAGGUCCACACUUUGAUCUAUCCGCUUCGAAGAACAUUACGGCGCUCGUCGGCAAGACGGCGUACCUCAAUUGUCGCGUCAAAAAUCUGGGCAACAAAACGGUUUCAUGGGUGAGGCAUCGUGAUAUCCAUCUAUUGACCGUUGGAAGAUUCACGUACACAUCCGAUCAGCGGUUCCAGGCGGUGCAUAAUCCCGUGCACGAUGACUGGUCGCUUCAGAUUCGAUAUCCUCAGAAGCGAGAUACGGGAAUGUACGAAUGCCAGAUUUCCACGACACCCCCGGUCGGCCACUCGAUGUACCUCUCUGUUGUUGAGCCCAUCACCACCAUAAUCGGUGUACCGGAUCUGUACAUCAACACUGGUUCAACUGUAAACUUGACCUGCAUCGUACGGAACUCACCCGAACCACCAUCAACCAUUAUCUGGACACACAACAAUCAGGAGAUCAACUAUGACUCACCAAGGGGAGGCGUUUCCGUCAUCACGGAAAAAGGUGAAACAACCACCUCCUAUCUGCUCAUUCAACGUGCUUGGACAACCGACACAGGCAAAUACGUUUGCUCACCAUCGAACGCGGAUUCUGUGACGAUCAAUGUGCACAUCUUGAACGGUGAUCAUCCUGCUGCUAUGCAGCACGAUGGCCAGCUACGGAUAGGCGAUUCCAUCAACGUGCUCGUCCUCUGCUUGAUCAGCUAUUUUCUUGGAUGCCGAUGAAAAUGGAUGUAGCUGAUCAUCACAUGACAUCACAGCAACGAAGGGAGUUUCGGAUCAAACAGUUCAAAGAGAGACUGUGCCCAUUUAGCCCUAAUUAAAUGGAAUGUCAUUUGAUGAUGACCAAUAAUGAGUGAUUGAAUGAGUGCGUAUGAAUGGAUGUAUGUGCGUGUGUUCGUGGAAUAGAAUAAUAUAAUAAGCACUCAAAACAGUAUCUUUGACUAGGGAGCAUUUUACCUGAUCGAAUCAUGCCGAGGAAGGGACGGCUCAUUAGCAGAGUUAAAUUGAGGGAACUUUAUUCGCCGCAGAAAAUCAGUAUCAUUGGUUUUGGGGGUUUCCUUCACUCUGGCAUACGAAAAUCAAGAGCUAUGUCCUGAAAGUACAGUGAGAGUAAAUAGCUUCAUUAUGCGGUUUCAAUUGGUUCGGUUUAUUGGAUUCCAGGAGGGUUUCAACUAGUUUUUGGUAUGGAGUUGAUGGUUAAUUUGUGAUGAUGAUUAAUUUUGAGUGCGAAUGAAUGUUUUUUUUAAAUCAAAUUUAGCAUACAAUGCUACCGGACAGACAGAGCAUAUGAUUAUUUUUAUUGUUAAUGUUCCAUGGCUAAUCAAAUAAAAUGACAAAAAAAAUAUGUUUUGAAAUUAAU